UACAUUUUUACAUCAGCGUUCGUUCGGACUUCGUAUCUUUGUAUCUUUGUCCUUCUAUCGAUAAACUGGUACGAGGAUUGUUGUUGGUAGUUGGUACCACUCAUCAGUCGAUAGCACUUAGCAUAGCUACAAGUAGGCGCGAGGAAACAACAGCAUGUUUUGAUGGCUGACGAUAUUGGAUCUAGCUCCACCAGUAGUAUUGGGACAUACGAUACCAACGGCGGAACCAAUCAGGAGAACCAUGACAACGUAAACACAGAUCAGGAUCAGGACACGGGCUUUAUCUUGGUAGAGAUUGUGUCGGCUCUGAACGUGCCCAAUGUGGACCAUCUCAAGGAACCAGAUCCCUAUGUGGUGGUUUCCAUGGGGGGAGAAGAAAAAAUAAUCCAUCAGACGGAAGUUCUAUGGAACACCGAGUUUCCUAUUUGGUCUUUGGAAUCCGGGUCCCACUUUUUGGUCCCUAUUGCUGGUCCUGCAGGUCGACCUGGCGAUAAUAAUACGACGACAGCAGAAGAGCAAGAUGCCCCUCCAGCGAAAGAUGCGCCAGUGCAUUUCAAGCUGAUGGAGUAUGAGGGGUUUCGGGCAGAUCCCGUGUUGGGAACUCUAGAUAUUUCCAUGAAGGUAUUGUUGGAGGGCAAAGGCAAACGGAGAGAAUUUCCAUUCGUGGUACCUCAGCAUAUAGAGGAGAUAACCCAGAGCGUUCACAAAACCAUUGUGAGAAAGACCAGACUGGUACUCCGAUUCAAGCCUGCCACGUACCAAGAUAUCGAGUUCAUUCAAACCCUCGAGAGCAAAAAGGCGGGAAUCCAUUCCAAGGAAACAUACUUGCCACCCAUGGAAUCCGCUCAGAAUGCCACCAAUCGGUUCUUAGGGAACAUGCCCACAAUCAACGAGUGGGGGGCAACGUAUUUUGGGAUGGAUGGCAAGGAUAAACAAUACUCGGAUAACCAACCCCCGGACGCAUUGUUAGUGGAGGCACUCAAGCCUUCCAAGGAAUGGAUCGAAGUGGGAGACCCAAACGCUCCCGGAAAGGUAUACGUGGAGGUCAUCGCCUGCAACAACCUGCCCAAUCUGGACGCUCCCACCGUUAUGCAAGGGUUUGCAAACCUUUCAGAUCCUUUCUGCUGUCUGAUUAUGGAGGACUCAGUCGUCAAUACCACCUACAUCAACGACAAUCUAAAUCCAAGAUGGAUGCCCACCGGCGACCACCGAGCCUUUGUAUUUCGAGUCAAACAUCCCUCCAGUCACCUUUACGUGGGAGUUUUCAACCGUAAUUCCACUGCCAAAAUUUACAGACCUCUCAAUGUUUUUCGAGAAUGGAUCCAUACACCCAUUGGUCGAGUACUGAUCAAUCCAACAAUACUCCAUCCCGAUACGCUCUACACGUUGCAUCACCACAUUUAUGAGGUCAGCAGUGACGGGGCCAAGGAUCGAGUGGCUGGCGACCACAAUGGUACUCUCAUCAUCAGGAUACGCAUCGAAUGGGAACAUCAAGUAUUGGACGCCAUGAGAUUGCCGCCGGAAUUCUAUAUUUCGGUCCCCCGAAAACACGAUUUCCAGACGGCAACCUACACCACUGUGGGAGAGCGCCACUCGGACGACUUCAGCAUUGCUGCCUUGACCAGCUACGUGGAGGAAUUGGAGAGUUACUACUCGGAGGAAAAUCUGGAAUUGGUGUCGGUCAUCGUCCUCAUUAUUUUGCUCUGGCGAGGAACCUACAAAGUCAACGUGUUUGGUCGCGAAAUGCUGUUGCCCGUGAACUCUGCUUUACUCUUUACCUGGGGAGUCUUGGUCACACAAAACUACAACCGUUUCCCAUCGUUUGUCAUGUUUUCAAUUGCGUGGGUGUUUCUGAUCUCUGCGGCACUAAGCCGAAGGCAUCCAUCCCCGUGGCACCAGUGCGAAAGCUACCGCGAUCUCCUGCAGGGGUUGAUCAGCGAAUUGUUGCAUGUCAUCAUUGGAGAUUCGUCCCGUUCAGUGUUGGUUCGCAUGAAGGAAACGAUUGCUGCCAACGAGAAUGAGGAAGAGAUCCAACGCUACAAUGACGAACGACAACAACGCAAAAAGGUAGAGCAAUCCGUCAAACUCAAAAAGGCGGCAGAGCUCGAAGAAGAAGUGGAGCGACACAAAGCAGAAAUGGCGGUUCUUUCGGAAGCAAAUAUUGCCACUGCAAAACGAGAAACGGUCAACUUUUUCCAAGCAGCCAAUCCGCUCAAACCAAUACUGCAUCCAAUCCAAACCGUUCUCCAUCAACUUUGCAUCUAUAUGCGCAUCGUCAAGAGCAUUGUCUCGUGGCAGGAAAACUAUUACCCCUUUUGGAUUGUGACAUUUUGCUUCGUCAUUUCGGCCCUCAUUUUCUUUGUUCCGUGGGGAUUGAUUCUUCGUUGGUUGAUCCGGAUUCUGGUUUGGGUAUUUUUGGGUCCGUGGAUGAGAAUCGUGGAUUGGUAUUACUUCGAGCAAGUUGAUCACAUGACACCCGAAGAGCGGGAGACAUACGUUCGAAGACAAGCACAAUCGGCCCACAAAGCCUUCCAAGCUCAACGACUUCAACGUCGCACCGAAAGGGAGGCCCGAGUCAAAUUGAAGAGCAUGAUGAAGUACUUGUUUGGAAAGUAUGUUGUUCGUGUACCCAGGUUUCAGCAAGCGCAGUUCCUGGACAAUCCGCUACCAGCGUCCACAGCAGAACCUUACAGAGGUGACGUCGGCACAUUUACAACAAUUGGGCAGGUGUGCAAUCAGACGCUUGUCGGAGAUAUGAUUCCGUCGAGAACGGUUCAAGCGCGGCCAUUUACAAAAAACAUCAAGCACGAAGCUCCUUCCGACAGGACAACACGACGGUUUGAGCCGUCCGCGGUCACUGCAAUCCGACCGAAAAGUUCACCCUCCCCGGCAAAAAAGAAAAAGAGAAAGAGGCUGUCUUUUAGCCGUUUCCUCAAGAAGAUCAAGUAGUCAUGUGUGUGUUUGAUGGCCUUUGGCGCUGGGUGAAAAGGAUAAGACUUGCCAUGGGCAUCUGUACCGUAUGGCUUGGAGUCUGAGCCAUUAAAGUAACGUAAAUAUUGCUGACACAGGACAUCUUCCUCAUCAAAAGUUGAUUGUAUUGUAACGUUGCCUAUUAAUUGUUUAAUGUAUGGUACUG